UGCUGUGUGUUUUGUUUCAGUCUCCUGUUUAGGGGUUCCUCUUCUAGUGUUUCAGUUCUUAGUUCCUCUGUUCAGAGUUUUGUUUUUUGGUGAGUUUAAUUUACUAAGAGGUUUUUCCCAGCAAUAAAGCUGCGCUUUGAGUUUUACCUCUGUGUUUGAGUCCUGCUCUUGGGUCCACCUUUCCUGUCUGCCUGCCACACAGCCCUCCAUGACAGAACGACUCGACCAGUACAUGGACCCAGCAGAACUCACCCUGUCUGAUGAGCUUAAGGAGGAUAUAAUUUAUUCAGUGAAUAGAUUAUGUGACCUGUGGCUGAAUCAUCCAGAGGAGUUUCAGCGUGCUGUACCCAACCAGCUACAAUGACUAGUUUCUGGUCUCCCCUGGCUUUUGGACUCGCUUCACCCACUCAUACAGGAAUUUUUCCUUAAUGAGCUUCAUCUGCAUCCCCCUGCCGCUACAGCUUACCCACCCAGCUCGGAGAAGGAUGUGCUGCCCGGCCUGCCGGACUUGGAGUUGCCCGGCUCACUGGAGCCACCACCGAAGUUGAAGCGACGGCGAUGUUUUUUGUGAAAUUCCAGACUCAUCAAGAGGAUUUAACCCUGUAAGACCCAACCCAUCAAAAAAAAAUGGCCAGAAAAUUCCGAUUUUUUUUUUAAUUUAUUUUUUUUGGAACUGAGAUGGUUAUUAUGUAUAUAUUGUGUUAUUCUUACUUAGUGUAUUGUCUUUCUUUGUUACUGUUUGUUUAUACUGGAGCACUUUAACCAAAAAUAAUUUCCCCUAGAGAUCAAUAAAGUAUUCUGAUUAACCAUUCUAACAAAAUCCACAAUGUUUUUGCUGUAUGUAUAUUUUUGUUUAUCUUUUAUUUUUGUAUUGCACUUGAUACAUUGGGCAUUUUUGGCACGUUUUGUUAACAAUAAUGUUAAUUCUAGACAAAAAAGGAGUUUUUGAAAUUAUGGCAAGUAUUUAUCAUGUUGAUGAGAUAGCGGUCUCAGAAACUCAUGCAUCAAAAAUAGGAUACAAAGGGCAUUGUAGGGUUAAGGAAAUAGAAGCGAUGUAGCAGUAUAAGCCAAGAGAAGGCAGUAGUACAACUGUAUUGAAUGCAAGCUCCCAUUAAAAACGAAAGAAGAAGACGACACCGGAAACUACCCAAUCUGCAGUAACCAGACCUUCAUGUGUUGCUAGGUUUUUCCUCUGGAUUAAAAUGGCGUGGAUUGGUGUCUGUAAAGGCUCUCGUUUUACACAUAUUUAAUUUCCCAAUAAAGAUGUUUGAUUUUAGUUAUUACACAUUUUAAAUCCUAUUUGUUACGGUGAAGCGUUUUAAUUUGAAGGAGGUCACCGGAACACCCCCUCAUUGUAAGAAGUCUCCAGUAACGAUCACCGGUUUCAUCCUUCGUUCUCUCAGCUCUUCUUCUACUUCCGUCAUGGCGCCCACUUUGGGCUUUUUUCCUGUUGUCACGUUGGUGGUGCUGUCUGGUUUUCCCGCCGCUGUGUCCUCGCGAAGGGACGUGCUCGAGCUCGGGGACGCGGACUUCGAUUACCUGGCAACAGAGCACGAGACCAUGCUGGUGAAAUUCUACGCUCCUUGGUGUGGUCAUUGUAAGAAAUUGGCCCCAGAGUUUGAGAAAGCUGCUAGUCGACUGAAAGGAAGUGUUCAAUUAGCAAAGGUGGACUGUACGACAAACUCUGAGACGUGCAGUCGUUUUGGGGUCUCAGGUUAUCCCACCUUGAGAAUUUUUAGGUACGGCAAAGAUUCCGCCCCCUAUGAUGGUCCUCGCACUGCAGAGGGGAUCUACGAGACUAUGAGGAGGCAGACUGGUCCAGACUCGAUGCACCUGAAGACCAAAGACGAUCUGAAGGCCUUUGUCAAUAACCAUGACGCCAGCAUUGUAGGUGUGUUCUCAGGUACGGACAGCCCCCGUCUGGCUGAGUUCCUGAAGGCAGCCACUCUACUCAGAGAACAGUUCCGUUUCGCUCACAGCACCAACCUGCAGCUCGCCGAAGAGCAUGGGGCCAACUCAGAAUGUGUGCUGCUGUUCAGACCUCCCAGACUCGCCAAUGCUUUUGAGGACAGCAUUGUCAUCUUCAGAGACUACCUGACCAUCGGCUCACUGCGGCGCUUCAUCAGAGAUCACAUCUACGGUCUGUGUCCUCACAUGACAAUAGAGAAUAGAGACCGUCUGAGAGUCCGGGACCUGCUGACGGCGUACUACGAUCUUGACUACCAUCACAACAUCCCCGGCUCCAACUACUGGAGGAACAGGGUAAUGAAGGUGGCGUCUAAGUAUGUCAGGCGGGGUCUAACCUUCUCUAUAGCCAAUAAGAAGGACUUCCUGUUGGAGCUGGAGGAAGACUUUGGAAUGGGGACGUCAGAUGGAGGGGAGCUGCCCUUUAUCACCAUCCGGACCCGACUGGGUCACAAGUACACCAUGAGGGAGGAGUUCACGAGGGAUGGUGCGUCUCUGCAGAGGUUCCUGGAAGAUUACUUUGCAGGUCGACUCAAACGUUACAUCAAAUCAGAACCGAUACCUGAAAAGAACUCUGGGGCUGUCAAAGUGGUGGUAGCAGAGUCCUUUGAUCAGGUGGUGAAUGACCCGGAUAAAAAUGUUCUGAUCCAGUUUUUUUCUCCGUUGUGUCCUCACUGUAAGAAGUUGGAGCCGGUCUAUGGAGAGCUUGCUGAAACGCUGCGCUCUGACCCCAAAAUCAUCAUUGCCAAGAUGAAUGCCCUGGCCAAUGACGUCCCUCUGGGUUACGAUGUCCAAGGGUUUCCCACCAUCUACUUUGCUCCAGUAGGCAGGAAGGACGAACCCGUCAGAUACCAGGGCACCCGCGAGCUCAAAGACUUCCUCCGGUUCCUCAAGCGAGAGGCGAGUCACCACUUGGUGUUGAGUGGCUUCAAAGAUGAACUCUGACACCCCCAACAGCAAGGAGGAGAGCCUGAAUCUGGAGCGCCAAUACCGGACAUUACAUCAGGACACUCGUUGCAUCAAAUCAAAUCGCUCACUCAUCCCUGAAACACACCGCUAUUAAUCAUGCCAUUGUCAGCCUCAUUAUUUAUUUAUUUAUUUGUUUGUUUGUUUGUUAACUUCAGUCGACCUCCUUUCGUGCACAAACAGGUUGCAGGUGUUUUUCUUCUGUUUUUUGGGACAAUAAAGUUUUGUAUGAAU